GAAUGCAAAGCGUGUGUGUGUGUGUGUGUGUGUGUGUGUGUGUGUGUGUGUGUGUGUGUGUGUGUGUGUGUGUGUGUGUGUGUGUGUGUGUGUGUGUGUGUGUGUGUGUGUGUGUGUGUGUGUGUGUGAGCGCGCGCGUGCAAGAGAUUUUUAAAAGUAAGGUUGGCAGGAAGUGCUUCUUGAUCUAUCUAUAUUGUGCCAUGGGUUUAUUGCAAUGCUGUUUUCUGUGGUGGUAAUGAUCAACAACUGCGCUUCAUGCUAUUCGAAACAAGAGCGUGCAUUGAUUGUUUAUUUUGAUCCACUGGAUCGACUCAACUCGACUCCACGUUAUGUGGCGCCUACGUCGCUUCUGGUUGGUGGAAUUUUGUGCUUACAACAAGGAUGAGGGCGUGGCUUAACGCGAAACACUUCGAGGAACGUCCUCGCGCGAAGGAAUGCUUUAAAUUAUACAUAAACCGGAACCCUAUUAGCGAGCGAGUCUGUGUCGGUUUUCUUCGUUUAUAUUUAACAUUCGUUCGUAUAUAAAAUAUUUUUUUCGUGUUCAGUCGAAGCAGAUCUCCCAUGCAGUUUAACCUUUCAAUCUGAUCAGAGCUAACAGCACAAAGCCUGUCCCAGCGCUGCUUUCUCAACGUUUAUUGAGAAAACUGUUGCCACGUUCGGGCUGACGUGAUCGAUCAUGGUCACCAUUCACAUCAGCCGUGUGAUGUAGUUUGUGCUCAUAUACCUCGAUACACGCGAAACUGGGGAACACCUUCAAGCUGAUUGUCUAAACAAAAGCUAACGAGCAGCAAAGGCAGCCUGUAAGAAAGGUGAAGACAAUCAGAGGUGACAACACAAGUGUCUCCUUUUAAGUUUAUUUUCCCGGGGAGUGAAUCGUCUGUACGACGUCACCAAUGCGACCAUGGGAAAUAGCAGUCAAUAGGCGGCCACCAACUGCCCCUUUAAAUCAGAGGAGGUUUCCCGGAGAGCCCUGUAACACACCUGUGCAUCUCAGGAGAAGCCCGCCACUGAGACGCCAGUGGGUGGGGAGAGAUAGGCCUGCACUUCACGGUUCCCUGAUCCAGGAUGAGAACUUCCACCGCCUGCUCUUCUCCCAGCAUCAGCAGCAGCAGCAGCAGCAUCAGCAGCAGCCACAGGUUCCUUUAGAUGAGUCGAGACAUUACAACCACGCCAGCGCACCGCCACGCAUGCUCCACGCUGCCGCCCACCUGCCUCAGCAGAGCCCCAUCAUGGUGGAUCUACAUGACCAGAUGCACCAGGGAUCUGUGCCAAUAUCAUACACCAUUACCACGGUGACGACCCACGGCUUCCCCAUCCACGCCGGGCCCCCCCUCGCUGGGUGCAACACGCAGCAGCUCCCAGCAUGCUCGGUAAUGUUCAGCGGACAGCUCUCUCUGCUCUGCUGCCUUCCUCCUCCACUCCUUCAGGCCUGCACCAUGCAGCACAUGCCAGUGUCUUACCAAGCCUUCCCGCCCCUCAUCUCCAGCGAGCAUUUUAUACUGCACCCCAGUCCAUCUGUGCCCCCCCACCCGCAGCACCAGACGCACCUUACUCCCCUGAGCCAGUUCGUCCCUUUACAGCCUCAGCACCCACGCAUGCCUCUGCAGAGGAUGGAGAACGAAGUGGAUCUCCGAGGAGAGCAGCACGCACUGGGGACCUUCCCGUACCCACCGUCCCACCACCCUCCAGCAAUGCCGCCUUCAAUCCCCCUUCCUUACCUUCCUCAAGAGCCCCUUCACCAAGAGCUGUCCUUUGGAGUGCCAUUUCCCCACAUGCUUCCCCGGCGAGUGAGCGGGCAGAGAUACCGGUUACAGCAGGCUCCGCCCGCCCCCCCACCGCCACCCUCCUACUACCCAGGCUUCCUCCCCUACUUCCUGUCCAUGCUGCCUGUGCCGCCCACCACGGUGGGUCCAGCCAUCAGCCUGGACCUGGAUGUGGACGACGUGGAGAUGGAGAACUAUGAGGCAUUACUGAACCUGGCAGAGAGGCUGGGUGAAGCCAAGCCCCGCGGGCUGACCAAAGCAGACAUAGAGCAUCUUCCGUCCUACAGGUUCAACCUGGAGAACCAUCUGUCUGAACAAACGCUGUGUGUCGUGUGCUUCUGUGACUUUGAGUGCAGACAGUUACUCCGGGUUCUGCCGUGCAACCACGAAUUCCACGCCAAGUGUGUGGACAAAUGGUUAAAGACCAACCGCACCUGCCCCAUCUGCCGCGCCGACGCCUCCGACGUCCACCGGGAAGCAGAGUGAGGAGCCGCCGUCUCUCGUCUUGGAGAUCGGCGCACGGCCGAGCAAACCCCCCCCCCCGGCCAGACACCUUCUGGGUGGGGGUGGGGAGGACGGGGGCUGAGCGGAUGGGUGGAGGAGGAGGCCGGGGAACACCCCCACCUGCCACAACCUCGCCCGAUUUCCUCCAGUAAUUACAGCUUACAACCCCACCCGCCCCCCCUCCCACCAACCCCUAAAAAAAAAGCAAUCCAGGACAGUUCCCUGGAAGCGAUCAUACCUCUGCUGUGCUUCAAUGUGUGAGUGUAUUGAAACCCACUGCCUUUCGCAGCCUAUAGCCAGAGUUCUGGGAUUGCCAGCCACUUACGUCUCUGUCCCCCCCCCCCCCCCCCCCCCCCCCCACACACACCCGCCCCACUCCCCCUGUUGCAAAAUUCCAAAGAUUUUCCCCCCACGACAUUGUACUGCUGCUUUAGGUCACAAGGUUCCUGUUCCUCUUUUUGUUCUUUUAACUUUUGCAAUGUGGUGUUCGUUCACGGGGGGGGGGGGGGGGGGGAAGAGUGCGCUGAGAGUGGACGGGAGCGGCAGUGCUGUAGGUCGGCGGACCAGACACUUUGUGCAAUUAGCAGAAACAGAAUAUGAAUUCUUCAACAUGGAUGUCUGUGUUUGGAGGCAAAAGGCUGUCCUUCAUAGAUGCAUGUUUAUGUUAGGUCUUGGGAAAAGUGACUUGUUAAUAAUGUAUGUUUUGCAAUAAUGUAUGAUUAUUUCAAUUAUUAUUCAUUAUUUAGUUUACCCCCUUUUUUUCCCCUUUUUUGUGGGCGGGGCUGGGGGGGGGGGAGAUUUGCCAACGCUAUUGUGAAAGUGUGACUUGGUGUGGUUUUUAAAGAAGAAAAAAAAAAGGUUCCGAUUGGGUUAAGCCUGAGGUGACGGACUGCAGAUGAUGGGACAGGAACUAUUUUUUUUUUUUUUUUUAACUCUCCGGACACAGAUCUGUACUGAAGCAGUCUCCUGGAUUUGUGGAUAGAGGAGGCAGCAGCUUCGCUGAGGGCGAUGUGCUUGUCAAUCUGAGUAGAGGAGGACAAAAGACUGCUUCUUUCUGAGGGGAUACUCAGAGGUCUCCCCGCGUACAGGUGGGCAUGAGUGUGUGUGUGUGUGUGGUUAUCGUGCGUGUGUGUGUGCGCGUGUGUCUGUAUGUAUGUGUGUUUGUCCUGUCCACAGAGCCGAUGCAUUGUGUAACCACUGGAUACAGGGCAGCAUGUUAGGAUUUGCAUGGACUGUUGAUUCAGACUAGCAAUAUUUUAAUCAAGCAUUGCCACCAAAUGUAUCAAACAAAUUUUAACAAAAAAAGUAUACAGAUUAAAGCAAGGAAGAAAACUUGAUUCUGUUUUGCUUAUCCAGAAAGUAUAGAGGAGGGGGGGAAAAAAUGAAGAGGCUAAUGCUUUGGUUCCAUUUUCUUUUUUAAAUCCAGUGGUAGAGACAGAUGUGGUAUUCUGAAGGCAGAGCUGGAAGGAUGCGCAGAAAGCAAUAUGUGCAAUGAGUGGUGGUUAAAAAAGAACAGUUCUCUCCUUCCUAGUUUGGAGCACCAGGCUUUUUGAUUUCUUUGUUUGUGAGCCAAAUAUUCCAAUAUUACAGAUAUAGCCUACUGUUUUCAAUAUUUCAAUAUCUGCCUUCUUAUUACCUUGACAAGCACAAACUUAUUACUAAUGUUUCACUUCGUCAUUUAACCCUCUUUUUGAAAAGGUAUUCCGUUUUGUGUAUGUUUUUUAAGUUUAUUUAUUGGUUUUAGUCCAGUAUAGAAAAAAAUGCAUCGAAGGAAUCAGUUGAAGCACUAACAUCGUUUUUUGUGUAUGGUGUUUUUAAUUCUUUAAUUCCAGCAAACUCGGUCAGGUAUAGCCCCUGGCAAUGGUCACAGUAAAUAGUAUGUGUAGCUUUUGGCGUGAAUGCUCUUCGAUAGAAUGGCUUGUUUUGAAGACUAAAGAAUGUUGAAAACCCUUUCGUAGUAGAAGUCACUGGGGACACUUCUGCUACAUCUGUCACAGCCCUGAGUGGACAGAGAUGAAUUAACAUGACAAUAUGAGCUGGAGUUGUUGAGUAGUUGCACUGUUUUGACUUCUUGUUCUCUGCCUGGGAAUUCACUUCCAAACUUGGUGAAUUGUGGUUGGGGGGAGGCUAUUGUUUCACUAUAACUGUCCCAAGAUGCACUAACAGGUGGUUUUUAAAUCCAUGGUGUUUGUGGAAAGGGAUGCCAUUUACUUUUCUUUUUUUUUAAUCACGCUAUUGCGUUUUUAAUGUGUGUGUGUGCCACCUUCCAAGUAAAAAGAAGCCAUUUAAUGCGUUAAACCCACAGCUUUCAGAAUUAACCUAUGUGUACAUAAUAUCUAUUUGCUGGCUUAUAUUGUAAGUAAAAAAAAAUACUCAGGGCCUCUCAACAUAUAAAAACAAAGGAAAACAGUCCAUUUCAAAUGGAAAAGAUGCCAUGAAAGGGUAUAUUUAAACUUUUUUGUUUCUCUGACCAUAUUGUCAUGUAAACGAUUCUUCUAUAUUAUUUUCUUUCAAAAAUAGUACAAUUAACCUCAUUUAAAGACAGGCAUGCAAGAAGAAAAGAUAAUAAAGACGUUAUGAAUAUUCACAGAAAAGAGGCAAUGUAUACACUGCAACUCAUUAACACUGUGUUAUUCAAACCUGUUUACCUUCUGUUCUUGUACUUUAACCACAUGUUAAAACAUAGCGGUUGUGAUGCCAUUUUAAAGAAGUGCUGUGGUGCACAUUAUCCUACCUAAAUCACUUCCAAAACUACUUCAGCGGUGUUGCAUGAUUUUAAAGAAGAAAAAAAUACAUCAUUUUAAAAAUAAGCGGAAGGAAGAUAUCUAGAGAAUCUGGUGAAGAACAAUGUAAACGGGGCACAAUAUGCAUGCUUGUCGACCAGAUCCCAACAGAGUUUUUGUUCUAGUUGGCUUCAGAUCUUAAACGCUCAGCUGAUAACUGCCAUGCAUCGUACUGCACACAUUUGUAAUAGAACUGAAUGACUACAAGAUUUUAUGCGCUUUCUUUUUUUGUUAUCUUUUCUUUUUAAGGAGAAAAAAAUGUAAAUGGUCUUGAAACCCAUGAUUUGAACUCUUAAAUUCACCGUGUUAAUGUUUUUGCCCAAAUGACUGAAAAAUACAUGCUCUGAAACUACUGUAGUUUAUCAAAAGCCAUAGUGAAAAGGUGCUAGAUGUUCUGCUUUAGGUAUAACUGUCACUGGCGUGAAUGCUUUAGUUUGUCAUGGAUCCUAUGUAUUCUUAAAAGCAUGUUAUACCGAUACCUGUAACAUUGUCAGUUAAAAAAUCAGUAUAGUUUAAGCAAUUUAAAACAUACUUCUAUAUUCAUACUAAUUUCAGUGUAAUACUGCACCUGCCUUCGAUAGGCUCCUUCACUUAGUGUAUCAAUAUACAAUUUAUUGUUCACCUAAUUCGCUUAAAUUUAGCACUCUUACUUUUGAGUAUGUAUUUUAUUGAUGACAACUACCCUAUUAAGUAAAAAACAAUAUGUACCUCCCUGUAAGGCAUAAGUAAUCACAAUCUUUAAGAAGAAUUAUAAAAUCGAGUCUUGUAGUCUUUCUGUUGCAAACAAUUACUGAAUAAUCUCACAGCUUGUGUGGUGGAAAAACGUGUUCCAAUAAGCAGCUAAAAAAACAUUAUCGGGGAUUUGUAGUGUAUUAAUUGCUUUGUUGAUGCCAUUUGUUUACCGAUGGUUUUUUGCUGUGGUGGGAUAGUGGUUCACUGUUCUUACAUCCCCUGGCCUCUAGGGGGCCGUGGCUUGAUAACAGAUAACCGACCCUCUCACAGAGCCAGGGGCACGUGUCCUGUGUUAGGCAGAGAUUUUUGCUUUGGUACUUGCACAUUUACAGUUACCUCAUUUUAGCCAUGUUUGUAUUUUGUGGAGGAAAAAAUAAAACUAAUAUAUAUUAUAUAUAGGAUACAGUUCUUCUGCUAUAAUUUUUUCAUUCCAUUGGAAUCAUAUUGUUUGUAGCAAUUAACAACUAGUUAGUGUAUUAUAUAUACAUCUGUAUACGGUUUGAAAUUUUUAAAAUUUGUACUUUUUUUAAAUGAAAGUUGCUAGUUCUGCUUUAUCAAGUAGUGCAAUCAUAUUUUCUUUUUUUUAUUGUGGCUGAUUUGAAAGGAUUGUUCACUAAUAAAUGUAUGAUGUAUACCUUGAUUAUUGGACUCUUGCUAAAGUGAUUAUUGCAUGCACUGCUGCUUUCCUUUUCAAUUUCUUUCUUCAAUCUUUUCACGAUUUCUUGUGAUGGUCUCAUAACAUUAGUCUGCACUGUCUGCAGAGGCUGUCUUCAUAGUCACUAACUAUUCGUUAGGAAGUAUGGGGGAUGUGCCCCAAAUAGAUUUAUGUAGAUAAAAACACAGGAAACGCUACAUUGAAGCAGGCAGGACUUUAUGCAGUAAGUGAAACUAGGCAUGGCUUUUCCUCUCCCUAUAAAACUUCAACAAUACAAGAGCGCAAAUGGCAGUAGAUACAUUUCCUCGGGAGCAACUGAUAAAAGUGGUGGAUUUGUUUUUACAAACAUGAACCAAAAUCAAUUAGGGAAAAUGCUGCAUAGUAUGCAAUUAAUUUUGCAAGUCAUUCACCAAACAUAAAAAAUAAAAAACAUCUACGUCAAGACUUAAAAAAAAAUGGAACAGAUCAGAUAUCAAGUGUAAUUGAAUGAACCCACAUUUUUCAAUAUUUAAUUUAGAAUUUGAAAAUUACAUUUUUACAUGACCAGCCCAUUCAGAUGUUAAGUCAGGCAAAAUGGGAAUCGAUGAAUAACCACAGGCACAUUAUGGGCAGACUACUACACUACAUUAAACCAUGUAAAAGCUGUGGUCCGUUUACAUUUUG